AUGGCGUGUAACGUUGACUCAUGCUGCCCCUGCACAAACCCAAAAUUCCGUGAGACCGCCGAGAGCGACAAGCACAACGAACUUCGCCGGUAUCGAGAAUUCCCAGAUCCCGUCAAGAAUGACCCAAUCGAACGGUCUUGUGGCCACGAGUCCCGCAAACCCCCAUCGCAGCAGACACUCCACGCACACCCUCAUGUUCCUGCACACCUCCUCCUCCCCGACGGGACUCCGGAUUAUCUCAGGUUGAUCCUUACGUCGAGAGUUUACGACAUCAUUGAUGAGACGCCUCUUACUCACGGUGUCAAGCUUUCCGGGAGAUUAGGAUGUAAGGUCAUGCUCAAACGCGAAGAUCUCACCCCGGUCUUCAGUUUCAAGAUCCGUGGAGCGUAUAACCGUAUGGCACACCUCGACGAGGAAGAGAGAUGGAGAGGAGUGGUCGCGUGUUCUGCCGGAAACCACGCACAGGGUGUAGCGUAUUCUGCGCGGCAACUCCAGAUUCCGGCGACGAUUGUGAUGCCUGUCGCUACGCCUGCGAUUAAGCAUUCGAAUGUCACGAGGUUGGGAUCGAAGGUUGUUUUGCACGGUGAAGAUUUCGAUGCUGCGAAGGCUGAGUGUGCACGUCUUGAGGAGAAACAUGGGUUGAUCAACAUCCCACCUUACGACGACCCAUACGUUAUUGCCGGGCAAGGUACCGUAGCCGUCGAGAUCCUCCGUCAAGUCAAGCUCGGCCGACUCGAGGAUUUGGAGGCGGUGUUUUGUUGUGUUGGUGGUGGUGGACUGAUUGCCGGUAUCGCGGCGUAUUUGAAGCGUGUUGCGCCGUGGGUUAAGAUCGUUGGUGUGGAGACAUAUGAUGCGGAUGCGAUGACCAAGUCCUUGGGGGAGGGGAAGAGACAUAUGUUGAAGGAGGUUGGGUUGUUUGCGGAUGGAGCGGCGGUGAAGAUCGUGGGUGAGGAGACGUUUAGGUUGUGUCGUGACUUCGUGGAUGAGAUGGUCUUGGUAAGCACGGAUGAGAUUUGUGCGGCCAUUAAAGAUGUGUUUGAGGAUACGAGAUCUAUUCUUGAGCCGGCGGGUGCGUUGUCGGUUGCUGGCUUGAAAAAGUACGUCGCGGCCAAACCACCAAAGAACGAGAACAAGAACUACGUCGCGGUAUUGUCAGGUGCGAACAUGAACUUUGACAGGUUACGCUUCAUCGCUGAACGCGCACAAUUGGGUGAGCAAAAGGAGUGUUUCAUGUCCGUCACCAUUCCCGAAAAACCCGGAGCGUUCGGCAAGUUGCACUCCGUCAUCGAGCCGCGUGCUGUUACCGAAUUUUCCUACCGUUAUUCGGAUUCGGAGAGAGCACAUAUUUAUAUCUCGUUUACUGUUACCGACCGCGCACAGGAAGUCCCAGAGAUCAUUUCGAGAUUGGCGGAGGAGGGGAUGGAAGCCUCCGAUAUCUCCGACAACGAGAUGGCAAAAUCACACGCCAGGUACCUCGUCGGCGGCCGCGCUUCCGUAUCACACGAACGUCUCUACCGCUUCGAGUUCCCGGAGCGUCCGGGCGCUUUGAGCAAGUUUUUGAAAGGGUUGAAGAGUGGUUGGAAUAUCUCGUUGUUUCAUUAUCGGAACCAUGGGAGUGAUGUUGGGAAGAUCUUGGCGGGGAUUCAGGUUGCGCCGGGGGAGAGGGAGGCGUUUGAGACGUUUUUGGUGGGGCUUGGGUAUCCGUUCGUUGAUGAGACGGAGAAUGAGGUAUACACUAGGUUUAUGAGGGCAUAGGGGGAGGGGCGAGGGACUGUACGCUAGACGAAUAAAAUGAAAAAGAUUGCAUUUUAAUAUGUCUAGAGUGCUUGUUACAGCUUUAUUCUGAUGCCCCGGGCGUCGAGGAGAAUAGCGAUGGUUGCGAGAACUCCGCAGUACCCUGCCAGAACCCCGAAGCUCUGGACGCGUCCCAUUUCUAGCGUGUUGAACGACAUGUUUACCAAUCCCGUGAGUAAGUUGGCCAGCAGGAAGAUCGCGAGGCCGUUCAAGUUGAUGG